AUGAUGGCAUGGAAGUCAUCGGAUACAAACACCAAGGAGGUUCUCCUCGAUGCACUUUCAGCCCUACAAUCUCAGCAGUUCCCCGCCACGCAGGCUCGCAGAUCCCCAGAUUGGCCCGAACUGAUUCGCUCGGGGCGUAAAAAUGUCAGUCCGUGGGCUUGGACCCCUCUAAAAAGCUCCACCGCGUCGGGCUGGGACUGGACAAAGGAAGGGGAGGUCACGGGUGGGACUGUGUGCGACAAGCUGUUUGGCUUUGGCUUUGGCUUUGGGUUUGGGGACACGAAAGCGAUCAAAGCAACACCGCCGACAGGACACGGCAGAGCACACAAGGCUGACGACUCGACUCGACUCGACUCGACAUCUUUGCGAACCGACGACUUGCUGCGCUUCCCCCAAGAAUAUGCGCAUCAGCCUGACCGAUUCCUCUCCAUUGCGACCCGCCUAUGCUUGGACCCUUUGCUUCCCAUUGCUCCCGCGAGGGUGAAGGCGCUGCUGCUGCCCCUCGGGAAGAUCAAGGCGGCUAGAUUCGCGAGCUUUGCCGAAAGGCUGCAAGCCGAGCAUGUCGUCCAGCUCAGGGAUAUCAGCGCCGAUGGGCGACCCAACAGGAACAUGUUCUCGCCAUUGGCGUAUCCCGACGGCGCAAUGCUCUACGACCUCAUCGCCCACGUCCCUCCCCCCUCGCACCUCGCCCUCUCGCCCUUCGACCUCUUCCGAGAACCAAUGGCCGUCAUCGCAAUCGCCGACGGCACCGAGCUAGGCGACGUGACAUAUAGCAAGAGAAACUCUAUGAAUGGAAAGGGGCCGACACCGGUGGAGAAGAAUAUCAGGGCUCUGUACCAGGAGCUGGAAGAGCUACGAGACAAUUACCCCAAAGCUCUCAUCCACCGGGUGCUCAUCUUCGAUUAUGUCUCACCACCUCAUGAAGUGCCUAUACCCGAGGGCAUGGCGGCGAUCCCUCCUCCCGAGGAGUCAAAACGAACCACGAUGAAGACGGUCAUGUGCGACAUAUCAUCGCUGUUGCUGGCUGAGAUGACGACACUGGGGAAAUCGUACGAGGCGAUGACGGCGAUUGAGUCUCCGGGGGGGUAUUCGCUGGCCAGACAGCUGAGCACCACCUCGUGGGGCCCCGAUGCUACCUCGCCGACCAGCUUUACUAGGCGGAAUUCCCAGUUUGCCAUACCGCAGCACCUCCAGCGCUCAAGUUCCGCUACGGGCUUGGAUCGAUCUGGCGGGCGCCUCUCGCUGCCCCCGGCUCCCACAGGAGGGAGCUCCAGCGUCUCGACGCCAGGCCGCCCGUCCACGCCCCUGAAGAGCAACCUAUCCAGCCCUCCCCUGAGCGCGGACGAUUUUUCUAGUGCUUCGAGCCAGAGACCGGAGUCGCCCGAAACUCACCCAAAGCCCGAUUUGGCUGAAGAUGCAAACCGCGUUUCUGUACAAGGAUUCGGGCCUGGAGGGGCAAACGAUCGGUGGCGACUCAAAGGAAAAGGCAGGUCGGCCAUUGUCAUAGGAUCCAUGUACCUUCAGGCUGGUCGUUGGGGCGACUCGCUGAAGGAGCUGAGCGAGGGAGCCACCGCGGCUAAAUCUUUGAACGACCAUAUCUGGCACGGAAAAGCAUUGGAGUUGAUUCUUAUGAACCUGUUGCUUCUCGGUUGGUCAGGAUUGACCUUUCAAAUUCCGAUGGUUUGUCUGCCCACGCAAGAUAAACACUCGUCGAUGAAGCCGGAACCAGAAAAUGCGGACCAAGAUCAACCCAGGCACCUUCGGUAUCUCCAGGCUCUUCUCCCCGAGCUUUUGGAACGGAUUGUAGGCCUCUAUUCUAGGAUAUCAGCCGAAAAUGUCCCCCAUUUGCCAUUGGCGGAGACCGUUAUUCGAUUCAGCAAGAUCCUAUCGGCCAUGCAUUUCUGCGACGGCAAACUCAACCAAAAGGCGUUUGAUAUGAUUGUGAAUGGGAAAGGAUUGGACAAGGAUCUCACAACGUCGCCCCGGCUACUAAUAACACCCUCGAGGCAACAUAUUUUAACUCUUUUAUUCAAGGCAUUCCCUUCCACGGCCACGGAAUUGCUGACUACCGUUGAUCGGAUAUCCAUUCUGAGCGGCAUUGCAGCCGUGCUGGGCCCCCUAGGCUAUCAUCGGAAGAAGGCCAUGGUCACUCGUGAACUGGUUUCGGUCCUCAUCGGAGGACUCGUCGAAGCAAGAACACGCGGAGCCGCGGACGCUGGGGUUCAUCCCGCUGCAGGUCUCGUGGCGCUGACGCCAGGUGGCAACUCGCAGGGUGCGACCGGAGCGAUGGCACUGGACUUGGCCGAGGGAGACAUUGAGCAGGGCAUAGAGGCUUUCCUCGAACUCCUCUGCAAGUCAUACGGGGUUGUUGGGUUCGAUCGGGCGAAGCCCCGGCGGCAGUCUCUCCGAGAAGGAUUCGACGACUCGGACGAUGCCGUGAUUGCUCGCAUCCGUGGUCAGAUGAAGACGAGAUUUUUCGGCUUUCCCGAUAUCAAGCUCAAUAUUUUACGAGCGUGCAUCAACUUUUCAGAAGCCUUGCCAGACUUCAACGGGGUUCUCAAGUUUUCUAGUGAUUUGAUGCGCACAGCUGGAUCUGGCGUCGCCCCGGGGCCUCGCCGCGAAGAUGCAUUUCCAAAGAUUCACAGAGAUGAGCAGAUCCGCCUGGUCAGCAACAUCUCCCGCACCUCGAAUCUGGUCAAGAGGUUGGGCAUGUCCCACUUGACGGCUGAAUUCUGGGACGAGUUUCUUGUUCGGGAGAUCAAACUGGAGCCGCUCCCAAGUACCCUGGUCCCAAUCCCCCACGCUCGUAGCGUUUUGCCAGGAGCAGCGACAAUCCGUACGUCGCAGGAUGUCAACCCAUUCAUCUAUAACCCAUUCUUGAAAGAACCGGAUGAGACAGCUGCAAACCUGGUUGCUGGCGAACCGGCCAAAUUCAGAGUAACAAUCCAAAACACCUAUGACGUUGAGUUGGAUAUCGAAAGUAUACGUUUAGAAACCGACGGUGUCGACUUCGAAGCCAUGAAGGAGAGCGCCAUCAUUGGUCCCUACCGAACGCAAGCCGUCCGACUACAAGGCAUAGCCAAAGAGUCCGGGUCCAUCACAGUGACAGGGGCAAUCAUCAAGGUGAAAGGUUGCAGGGAAAGGAGGUUUGCCGUCUUUCCCAAGCAUUGGAAGCCUUACCAGGAAGAUAAAAUCAAGGUCAAGGGUAUUGCAUCAGUGUCUGCCCCUACGAUGUCGGGCAAGUAUCACGAUCAGCCUCUGGAGCCGUUUAGCCUCGACCUGAACGUUACCCAGCCCCAGCCACUCGUGAUUGUCAAGUCGACGACACUUCCGCAGUCUUCAGUUAUGAUCUUGGAGGGCGAGAGGCAAAUCUUUUCCGUUACGUUACAAAACCAGUCAACUACCCCUGUUGACUUUAUGCUCUUCUCUUUCAAGGACUCUACCCAGGAGCCUCUGCAGACAGCUCUUGCAAACAGAGAUGCUACACCGGCGGAAUUAUAUGAGUAUGAGCUGAUAUUGAUAAAGAAACAAGCUCUUCGACUACCACACAACCAGCAGAGCCGCAACAUCGCCCCCGGAGGUGAAGCGACGUUUGAGUUUGAGAUCCUUGGCAAGCCCGGACUGACACAUGCAACGAUUCAAAUCGACUACACAUACCUCGGAGUUCCCCGUGAUCAAAUCAAAGAGGACUUUUACACGCGGCAGAUGUCUGUGCCCUUGACGGUUACGGUCAACGCAAGCGUCGAGCUGGCAAGGAUAGAUGUGCUUCCUAUGCAUGGCUUGAUCCCGCAGCCCUUGUGGGAGCGUCUGGGGGGCACCAAACCAAUAAAACCCGACGAAUACUGCCUGUUAUCCGUGGACCUGCGAAAUGCCUGGCCUAGCCAAAUGGCGGUCCACCUUCAAAACGAAGACGGCAUGGCUGUCGAAGAGGGCAUUCUACCGGGCAAGACAAGCCGAAUCAUCAUACCUGUGAAGCGGGUCUACCUAGAAGACCCGCACGCCUCGAUUCCAAGUCUUAACCCAUCCAAAAACAAGCAGUUUGUCGUGAGUACCAGUAAGAUCUCGCCCGAGAUGGAGCGAGCCAAUCGAGAGGCGUUUUGGUAUAGAGAGAGGAUCCUCGAGUGCUUGAAGGCGACUUGGAGGACAACGGCCGUGCCGAAACGAAACGGCAGCGUUGAGCUCCGCAACAUCCGCCUCACUACCCGCAUGAUUGACAUUGUCAAGGUGGGCGAGGUUGGCAUAGAUAUUUCGGUGGAGCGCCCCGGCGAAAGCGAGAGCAGCAUCAAGACAGCAUUUGUGGAUGAGUUUGUACAAGUGCGGGUGCGGGUCACGAACAGGACAAGCCGCCCGGUGAGCUCGCUGGUCAGACUCCUACCAGCUCUAUGCCAUCGCUCAGUCAAUAUCGCGCUUGACUAUACGCGCAAGUUUGUGUGGAACGGCACGCUGCAGCAACUUUUACCGGAGCUCCAGGGCGGCGCCAGCACAGACUUUGUCAUUGGAGUGUCGGCGCUCUGCAGAGGAGAGUUUGAGCUCACGGCGUCGGUCGAGGAAGUUCAGGUGUGGGAAGAUGGCGGCGAGCAGCCCCAGGAACGGCCGCAGUCGGACAACACGCAACCGAGAGGGGAUGCGGCGAUUGGCAUGAAGGAGCGGAGGAUGUGGCAUUCACGACGACCAUGUAUACUGACGGUGAAAGACAGCGAUUGA